ACGCCUUCUGAAACAAGCUUUCAACUAUGCAUACGAGCAUCAGAACAGAAAGGCAACAAUACAGAGCAAGUGAUAUCAAAAAUAGUAGCUAAUCGCUCAUGUUUAAGUCCUCUGAGUAUGUCGGGGGAGAACAUUAAUGAUAGCUCACAGGCUUAUCUUCACGACUGCACAUGGUGUCGAUAUUCUUUUAGCCACGAGGACCAGCUAAAAUUUCACCAAGAAAGAUGCUUUGCCGAGAGCUCCUUUGUUCAGCGGGCUGAGCGAAGGAGAACCUUACUUCGUGGUUUGAUGGAUAUGGUAUACUCUACAUAUACCCGUCUUGCUACUUCGGGUGCAAUGGAAGAUGGAGAAUCCGGUCCAUCUAACGUUCCCAGAGGAGGCUCAAGCUCCGCCAGCCCUUCUAACAAUCGACAAAACAAGGACCAUGAUGCUAAAGGAAAACGCCCUCUACCAAGAGGCGACGGCAAUAACGGGGGCGAGGAAGGUGAUGAUCAGCAACAACCAAAACGAAGAAAAUCAGCUACUUAUAAUGACGGAACCAAUCCAGCAGAGAGAUUUGCAUGUCCAUAUUAUCAACGGAACCAUCAUCGGCACCUAUCAAGAAAUUACUCGCUCAAAGGAGCUUGUUACGGCCCUGGAUUUCAUUCGGUACAUCGAGUGAAGUGAGUCUAUCCUACACUAAGAGUGAUACGAUUUGUGAUGAAUUUUCAGGCCCUGAUCAAAGAGUAGGGAACACCUUUACAGGGCACACAGACUACCACCAUGUUGCUCUCGAUGUAAUACAGCAUUUGAUUCGGAUAUUUCUUUAGAGAAGCAUACAAGACAAGACUGCCCCUACGAGCUUACACCAAAACAACUAAGGGAGGGCAUUGAUCCCACUACGGAACAAUUGCUUCGAAUCCGGAACAAGG